UAUGUAACAGUUCGCGUUUACUCGGUAAAUGUUUUGCACUGUGAUAUGGAAGCAUAUAUUAGUCCAGAAAAAUAUUCAUACUUGGAAAACGUAUGUGUCCUUCUUCAAGACAAAGGAACCAAAGAGCCUUACAAAGACUACUCAUCUCUCCCUCCAAUUGUUCAAUGGUUUGAUGUGCUGGAAAGCAGUCUUAUUAAAGAUGAUCCCUUCAAGACGAAUAUCGGAGUCAGUAAUUACACCGUGCUGGUCCCCCAUGUAUUAAAGCUCCUACGGUUCUGUUUCCUGACAAGGAGGGAUGUCCCCACCAUAACACUCCUUAAUUACUUGGCAGAGGAACCACACAAGUUCAUUGACAUCAUCUGGAGAGGUGUAUCAGAAUUGGCAUUUCAUGAUCCUAGUCAGUAUAAAUCAUUCCUUGAACAACUUGUAAAUCAGGUGAAGCAGCUUCACAAACUGAAUGCUAAAGAGGUGCUACUCGAAUAUCUCUUGUUUGUCUUACAUCAAGGGGAGGUCACUGAGGCCAAGUAUCUUCUCACUAAUAUUCCAAAGCAGAAACGUGUUACAGUAACUGAGUACACCAAACAGGUAGACAUUUUAUGUAAGGCUUAUCAUGGUCUGGUGUUUUAUGUGGAGUGGAUGGUGGCUAAAAAUAGAAAUCAGAGACUCAAGGACUUAGGUGAUCAGUUGGAUGAUGACGUCAGCAAUAACUAUGAGGACCUAAUGAAGACAUGUGCUGACAAGGCCAUUAACUGUUUUGAUGUGCUGAAGUCAGGACAGGGAGUAUGGGAUAUAUUCAUCACAAAGCAAGUGGAGAUAUUAGAAUACUACUGUAAACUGGAGGAGGCGGGGGACAUUUUACAGGCCUACAAACAACAAAACAAGGAUAAUCCUAAUGCUCACAAGUUUUUAUAUCACUUUGCUGUCCACCAUAAUUGGCCAGUGUUUACUAGAAUCAAUCUGUUGAAGGAUCUUGCAGAACAUGUACCCUCAGACCCUUUAGUGAUUGAUCUUUGUGAAUUAUUAAUACAAGAAGACAAAGCAGCAGAUGCCUUUUGUCACCUUUUUGAUCUGUUGGAUGAUGGCAGCUGGCAGUUUGAACUACGACCCUGGAAACUGAUAUCAAAUCUACUGACCUCAGAUGUGAAAAGUGAUAAUAUGAUUGAAGAAUGCAUGAAGUAUCGGGUAUCAUGGUGGCCUCAGUAUCAUUUCACAUCAACACACAAGAGUUCCUCACAACUCUGUCUCCACAAGGCAGUCUGCUGUCUUAUCCUAUUUCCUGAGAAUACCGGUUUUCUGGAGAGUGUAAAGGGCUUACUUUCAGCAGAGGAAAAGAAACAACUUUCAUCUGCCGAGGAAAGAUUGAAGAUUCUUUCUGAAGUCACGUGACUUGAUUGGUCACCCAUGACUGUAAAUGCUCAUAGCAUGUUACCAAAAAUAUGCAACCACAAGGCAUAGAAAGUUAAUGUUAAGAUUGUAUUGUUUUAUUCCAGUCAGUCACUGAAUGUUCUAGACAAAAAAAAAAUGUCUUCUCAGAAUACUACAUGUAAGCAUGCAAUUUCAUCUGAUGCUGUUUAAUUUUACUAGUAUGUUAUGUAGUAAUUAGACAGGAAAGCUAUAUGUGGGAACUGACUGCUCAAAGCUGCCAUGUUGAGAAAUAAAGUUAUUGCACUUGCAUGGACUGAGAUCUCUAUUGUGAGAAUAAAAUUACUAGUUCUCUCAAUACAUUGUAUAUCUAUGUUCAACACAAAAUUCUUUGCAUAAAAAUA